AUGUCCAGUGACAAUUACACUUCUGUGACAGACUUUAUUCUCUUGGGUCUCACAGAUCGUCCAGAGCUUCAAGGCUUCCUCCUUGUGUUAUUUUUAAUCAUCUACUUUUUCACCUUGUUAGGCAACUUGGAUCUGAUUGUGUUAAUUCUACUAAAUUCUAUCCUUCACACAGCCAUGUAUUUCUUCCUCACUAACUUAGCAUUUGUCGACCUGUGCUAUUCUACAGUCACAACCCCCAAGAUGCUGACUAACAUCUUAUCAGAGAAGAAGACCAGCUCCUUUGCCGGUCGUUUCAUUCAAUUCUAUAUUUUCAUUGCUUUGCACCUUAUAGAGUUUUAUAUGCUGGCGGUAAUGGUGUAUGACCGCUAUAUGGCUAUCUGCCACCCUCUACAUUACAGCAUCAAAAUGUCCAGAAGGGUUGGCACCUGCCUCAUCGCUUUCCCCCAUGUAUGUGGCUUCUCCGAUGGCCUGUUCCACAUCACAAUAUUCAGAUUGUCCUUUUGUGGAUGCAACGUCAUCGACCAUUUUCACUGUGCCAACCCACCUCUCAUAAAGCUGUCUUGCUCUAAUACCCACUUCAAAGAAAAUGCCAUGCACCACUCUGCUGUAUUUAACCUCUUCAACUCCCUCACAAUCAUUACCUUGUCUUCUGUCUUCAUUCUCACAGCAAUCCUCAAGACCCAGUCUUCUGAGAAAAGGAGUAAAGAGUUUCCCACCUGCGGAUCCCACAUGAUGGGUGUCACUUUAUUUUAUGGGUCACUCUUCUGCAUGCAUGUGAGACCUCUGAAGGAUCAGUCCAUGGAGCAGUCCAAGAUAAUAUAUAUCUUCUAUACAUUUGUGCAUCCGAUGUUGAAUCUAAUGAUCUACAGUCUGAGGAACAAAGAUGUAAAAGCGACCUUGAGGAAAUUGAUAAAUGAAAGGGCAAUACUUCCAUUUUACAAUAAAUUGACAUUGAGAGAGGUAUAUCUCCAUCACAUCUGUAAGCCACUAAACAAUUCCCUCACUUUUCCCCCAGAAAUCGGUCUCCUAGAGCUUAUGCUCCACAUAGUCCUCCACUUGAACUUUAAAUGCAGAAGUUUGUGUAAAGUGGGAAGAACACAGGUUAUCACACUAACUGGCACUCCAACCCCUCAUUUCAAGAUCGUUCAAUUCUAUGAAUUAACAUUUCUCAAGAGAGGUGCUUCAAGUAGUAAAUGGAAGAAAUCCUUCAGGGACUUGGCCAGUGAAUUAUGA